AUGAAGACGGACUCUUUCCGGAAUGCAGCAGACAUCCCAGUUGAGAUGACUUGGGCCAUGUUGCAGGUACAUUGGGAUGGACAAAUUGCAUACCAUCAGCUGAUAAGUGCUACUAAUCGCACAGCGAGAGAGAACGAAACUAGAGCAUCUCCUUGUGGCAGAUCCCUGAACAACGAGUCGGGGUUUGCUUCAUGA